AUGCAUCUUCCUUUAUUCACUUUAUUCGCAAUAUGUAUUGCAGCAAACUAUGUACAAGCAUCAGUUGGUGAUGCAGCUGCUGUUGGUUCCGUAUUACCAGUAGUAGAGGUUAAUAAAUCAAGUACUGAUAUUACAAUGACAACUGCUGCAUCAAAAGAUGAUGAUGAUAACAGCAAAGAAGUUGAAGAUAAAAGUAAAAAAUUUGAUCAUAGUCAUAAGGAACAUCAUGAACAUGAUGCAACAAUUACUGUUAAUGUUCAUAAUGUUCUUGAUUUAUUCAAACAACAAUUAAAACAAACUGAACAACAUAUUAUUGCUGCAUUAAAAAAGGAUGAUAGUUCGUCAUCAUCAUCAUCAUCAUCAAAAGAAUCCUAUCGUACAGCUGAUCGUACUGCUAAAAAACAAGAUACGACAACAAAAGAUGAAACAAAGGAAACAAAAGACAACGACAAGGACGACGAUGAUGACGAUGAUUAA